AUGACGGCGGCAGUCCUACGCAGUUCGCCAAACCUCGCGGUUCCUCAAACCCAGAAUACUGCUCCUGUCUAUGAAUUCAACUGCCUCUACACCCACGAUCUAAGGCGAAAGCAAAAGAGAUGGCAAGAUGGCUUUUUGCGCUACCACACUUUCAACAAGCGUGUCAUGGUCUACGAUGUUCCUAGAAAUUUCCUCGGCGACCUUCACUGGACCAGCGGCGAUGACCUUCAAGAGGGCGAUGAGAUGACCCUUGAGAAAGGCGGAAUCAUGGUCCAAGUUUCUGAGAGGAUAGGCACUAUACAGACCGACCUCUCAGACCUGUUGCAGCGAAAGGACAAGACUCCUGCGAAAAACUCUGCCUCGUCGAGAACGUUGAUGCGUAAUGGACCUCCGUAUGCCGCCGCUGCCGCUCCGUCUACUACGCCUAGAACUCCCAAUGCCGCCUCGAUAACACCGAUGAAGCACAAAUCGCUCAACACUCUGCUCGGAAGGUCAAGACGCCCGAUAGGAAAGGCCUCUCUUCCUACGGAAUCCCCCUAUGAAGCACGAAUCAGGGACCUGCAGACUGCUGAAGCUCAGGAUCAAAGAGAGCGUAAACGACAAAGGCUCGAUCACCCAACCCAGACGACGCCCAUUGCUGCAAAGCAACGUAGCCACGCCUUUGUCCAAAAGCGAGCGAAUUCUGUCCCACACUUGGAUCAAGGAUGUGAAGUCAUCGAUCUUUCCUCCGAUACCGAGGACAUUUCGGCAGCGCAAGCGGCAAGCCGUGCUAUCGACGCCGAGUUGUUGGCGACAUCUUCUCCAGCUCGUCUGCAUGAAAGCCCCGCCCACCGCCAAGUACAUCCUAACCCCUUCCGCUCUAUCGAUAGGUUACCAACUGCAGCAAAGCCAACUGUUGCUGGAUCUCCUUCUGCCAGAGUACCAGAUCGGGCGAAGCAUGCCGAUCCUCCAGCACCUACUACUGCCCGCCCCAGAAAGGAGGUGAGUGUCCCACGAGAGGCAACANAAAAAGCUGCCGAAGUGCCUGUCGACGAGCCUUCAAGAAAUGGCUUCUUUGCGGCAGAGUCUGAAUCUCAAGUGCGAGGAAAGUCUCUGAAGCUUGUUGGCGGAGCCCCUCGAAAGAUGCUACUCUUCCAAUCACAAAAUUCGCGCCCGACAAGCUCCGAGGUGGGGAAUGAAAGUGCUCUGCGUGGCAAGGCUCAAGAUUCGAGACAAGAGACCAACAUCGAACCAGCCAAAGAUCCUGUGAGAGCUGAUGUCAAUCAACCAACAAUACAAUCUUCAAUCGAACAAGCUCCUGAGGACUCCGUCUUUCAACGACGUAUAGGAGAAAGAAUUGCACGGAUCGAGCAGAAAAAGAAGAAGCCUGUUUUGCAAAGAAGUUCUUCAGAUGUGACUGAGCAACGUCCCGUCGUGGAGAAAGCUGUAAACAACACUGGCUUACGAAAGACUACUUCUGCUGUCAUGUCUCGACUUGACUUACCCGAGGACCCUUCCUUGAAUGACUUUCAGUUUGCAAAUAUUACCCCUCUGGACUUCGACGACCCUAUCAUUGAUGACUCUGUCGCUCAGCCACCCAUACGACCAAACAAAGAGCCAGUUGCGAAAGCUACGAGACCAGCAGGCAAAGGGGCUAGUAUGACUACUGCAAGAUCAUUCAAGCCUCUGACGGUCAAAGCAGCCCCUGUACUAGUUACAAAAGCUGCUCAACCUUUAGUAGUGGAACAGAAAAAGAAUGAAGACAUCGGACCAUGGAGUAAAGAGGCGUUUGACCUGAUGGAUUGGAGGCCACCGAACAUGCAGACCAAGAACGGCGAGACAGCAUGA